UCGAUCAGCAGCAGCAGAAGAAGGAACGAGAGGCGGCGCGGACGAUGGAGGAUGAACCGCCGGCACCGCCCCUUCGCCUGGUCAAUUUCGUCUCCGAGGAGCAGUUGGUUCAUGCUAAAAGGACGCGGGGGGAGAGGGUCGAAGAUGGCACGGCUCAGCGAGACAGGCCUUUGUACGAGAUCUUGAAAGAAAAUAAAGACAAAAAAGAUGCAGAGUUCAAUGAGAGAUUUAAGCACAGACCACCCAAAGCACUGGAUGAGGAUGAGACAGAAUUUCUAGACAAAUUGGAGACUUCUAGGAGGGAGUACGAACAACAAGUGGCAUUUGAAGACGCCCAACAACUUCGCAGUUUCCAUGAAGCAGUGGCAGCUCAGUCCUCUAUUGUUCAUGAGCUCAAGGAAACAACACCUGUGACUAGGACUGAGGUACCUAAGCCUCUUCCUAGGAGGAAUCAACAAGCACGCUCGGGAAACAUAAUUAUAGCAGUGAAACCACAAGCAAAGAAAGCCAGGACUGAGGUGACUGUCCCUGAUGGCUUCUCGGAGAGUAGCAAACCUCCAGAUGGGCGACAUGAUGCAAAGCCACCACCUGAUGUUGCUCCGAGUGCACUUGGGGGUUUGGUCUCCUACAGUGAUGAAAGUGAAGAAGACGAUUGAUUGUUUCUAUCUGUAACUCAGCGCAGCCUGAAUUGUUUAUUGAUCGUAGCAAUUCUUGUUGCCGUCAACAUGCAGUCACUGGAAACCAAUCCAAAGCAUGUGGAAAACUUUGUAGGACAUAGGAUCUAGGAUCAGUAUUCCUGUAGCGAAGUAUAUAUAUGUGUGAAAUGGUAAAAAAAUUAGUAAAAAAAUUGUAGGAAAAAAAGUUAUGUUUUCAAGGCAGAAUGUUGAUAAUUUUAAUUUGGGAUCAAUUGGAAGAUUUGCCAUAUACAAUCAGAGUAGAGCUUUUAAAUUGA